AGAAUCAUUCAGAGCAACAAGGAAGUGUAUUUUAAAUAGCUGAUCGUUUUUCUUGUGCUGGCAGAGUGUGAGUGUGAGCAUGUCUGCUGCUGUGACUCUAGGGCUGCUGUUCUUCCUGUCUGUGGGACUGAAUUAUCAGGUGGCUGAGGGCUGCAGUUGCAGAGCUCCAAGGAAAUUUCAACAGCUGUUCUGCAUGUCUGAAAUAGUGAUGCGAGCUGAAGUAACUGGGGAGAAGAUCAUACACAGCAAUAAACAUAGACCUGGCAUGGGAACAAUUCAAUAUGAAAUCCAAGUGAUUAAGGUGUUCAAGGGUUUUGACAGUAUAAAGAAAAUUCACCAUGUCUAUACAAAGGAGCAGUCUUCAAUGUGUGGGACCAGGCUGGGUCAUGAACAGUAUCUGCUUACAGGAAACAUCACGCCUAAGGGAGUCUUUGUUUCAAUGUGCAACUAUCAUGAGCUCUGGGACAGACUCUCCUUAGUUAAAAAAAGGAACCUCAAAUACAUCUUUCGGAUGGGCUGUAACUGAAUGAUCUGUGAUCUAUAGCCUGAGUGUAUACUGGUCAUCUUUAUGGCUAAUUGAGGAUGGAGAAUCGGUCCAUGAUUCUGCCUGCACCAGACACAGCGAUGGCUCCUGCGGCUGGUAUGGUGGAACUGGCAAACCCUCUGAAAAUGACACCAUGGACAUGUCUGGUGUCCGAGGACAUGAGUGCUUUUCACUGUAAAAGAAGUUGCUUCAUGCUGUUUAAGAAGAUAAGGCAGUUCAUGCAAGCCCUUUAACCUGCUAUGCUUGUAGCCACACAAAACACCUUAGCCACCACUGUCUAGUAACCACCCAUAAUACUUUAGCAACAAAACUUAGAACACCUUCUGAAACCACUAAUGACCUCUCAAACAGCUACUGAGAGCAACCAUUUAGCAACCAACAUACUCUUUAAACUGACAUGUUAAUAGUUGCACUCAAAAAUGUUUCCAUUUCUGUUGUAGAUCUUUGAAAUGUGUGAUUGCAUUGUCUAAUUAAUGAUGUGAUAAUUUAACUUUGCCUGGCUAAUCAAUGAUUUGAAUUAUAAAUAGUAGUGUUGUAUUAUUAGCAUGUCAUAUUUAUGCUACAAUACAUAUAUCUUCUGUAACACAAAUUUUACGUUCUAUCUGUAUUGGAUUUUCUUGAUGUAUUUUAACAUGUUAUUUUUUAAAAGAAGUAAUAAUUUGUUCAAAACAAACAAACAGAGGCAACAUGA